AUGGAACAAAGUAACGGAGUUGGUGAUUAUCAUUUGCCACUGCCGCCGCCACCGCCGCCGCCUAGGAGAUUGAGGACGACGGAGUACCAUGGUUCUCCUCCUCCACCAAGACAAUGUCCUCGUUGUCAUUCCAACGACACCAAAUUUUGUUAUUUUAACAACUACAACAUGAAUCAACCAAGGUAUUACUGUCGGACAUGCAAGCGCCACUGGACUCAUGGUGGCAUUCAACGUGACAUUCCCAUUGGCGGCAAGCCCCACAGGGGAAGGAAAUUUACCAACAGGUACGAGAAUAGGAGGGUUCAACCAUCGCCGCCUCAACUCCAACCAUCUUGUCCACGGGCAAAUGUAGCUCCCGUAACUUUCGGUCCUUUGGCGAUUCCUUCGACGGUGACACCUUAUCGUGUCGAAAAUGGGUAUCUCAAUAUGGUAAACCCACUGAGAACUAUUGAGCCACCAUAUAACUCAAGCCAAAAUGCUUUCCAGCCUACAACUAGGGAUUAUGGUUCAAGGACCCAAAAUUUCUUUUUGAACAACAAUGAUGGAGCUAGUUCAUCUAACUCCAUUCCAUUGAAUGUCUCCGUGUACAGUGACACCACCGUUGGACGAUACACAAAUGAUGGUUGGAGUUCAUUGGUAGUGAACCCGAAUGAUUGGUUGGAUUUCUCUCAUAGCUUUGACCCACCAAUAUGA